GAUCAUGCAAGGCUGGCUAUUCUACUCGAGUCCAUAUUGGGAAAAUACUAACAAAGUGCGCGCUUUUGUUUCUAGUAUACCAAUGGGCAAGAUGAUAAUUCUGGAUCUCCAAUCCGAACAAUUUCCACAGUACGACAGAUUGGAACAAUAUUAUGGCCAACCGUAUAUUUGGUGCAUGCUACACGAUUUCGGAGGCACACUAGGGAUGUUUGGUUCAGCUGAGAUCAUCAAUGAGAGAGUUGUGGAAGCUAGAAAUACUAAAAACAGUACCAUGAUUGGCACCGGUUUGACUCCCGAAGGAAUCAAUCAAAACUAUGUAAUUUAUGACCUGAUGACAGAGUCAACAUGGAGGACGGGGCCUGCUGAUCUGGAUAUGUGGUUCAGAAACUACACUAUCAGAAGAUAUGGAGUGUUGAAUGAGAAUAUGACCAAGGCUUGGCAGUUAUUGCAAAAAUCUGUGUACGACUACGGUGGUUUGAUUAAAAUGAGGGGCCGUUAUGCCAUAACAAACACUCCCAGUCUGAAACUCAACAUAUGGACAUGGUACAACUAUAGUUACGUAUUUGACGCAUGGGCGCUCUUCUUGAACUCUGCAACAGAUCUGGCACACAGUCCUGCAUUCCUUCACGACCUAGUAGAUCUUUCAAGACAAGUUUUACAGAUUUAUGGAGACAUUUUCUAUAAAAAACUGAUAACCUCUUUUCAAGCAAAGAACUAUCGACAGUUUGAAGGAGAAGCUACAAAGUUUUUGACUAUAUUUGAUGACUUGGAAAAAAUACUAGCUUCGAAUAAAGCUUUCCUGUUAGGCCCUUGGUUAGCAUCAGCUAAAGCUUGUGCAAAUAAUUCUCAGGAGGAACAACUGUAUGAAUAUAAUGCAAGGAACCAAAUUUCCCUAUGGGGUCCAAAUGGCGAAAUUAUUAACUACGCCAAUAAACAAUGGUCAGGUGUUGUUUCUCACUAUUUCCAGCCACGGUGGAAGCUGUUCAUCAAUUACAUGAACGUAUCUCUCCAAACCAAAACGAAGUUCAAUGAAUCGCUGGUCAGACAGGAAGUGUUCAAAAAAGUAGAAGAACCUUUCACUUUCGAUAGAAGUAUAUUCCCAAUCCAACCAACAGGUGAUACUGUAGCAAUUGCUGAAGAACUUUACAGAAAGUGGCCCAAAGCGUUGCUUUCCUCAAAGUCAAGAUCUUUCAGAAAGAACAGAAGAAAAGGGCGGUCAAGCGAUGAAUUAAUUGAAGAGUUGGACUUUCAGAAUUAUGAGAAAAGAGAUCCAGAAGUAAUUGUAUUAGGAUGAUUUUUGAAUAAAUAUUCAAUAUCAAA